AUGGAAGAGUCACUAAGAAAGUUUGCCGCGGAAAAUUUCAGUCAUAGAUACUUCCCCGCACUUCACGGCGAAAUCGAUAAGGUACAACCCCUGACAAUGGUGGUACAAAAGAAUCGGCCUCUAUGGAAGCGACCUUUCGUAAAAUUGGAAGUCAUAGUCCUUGCAGAACUGGCGAAAUAUAUUCAAGGAGAGGAAGAGACUGAAGAGUUUCGUGGUUGCUCGAAAUGUAAGAUCAAAGAGGAAAUGCUUAUCUCAUCGCCGCACGAAACAAUUGCCAUGGGAUUCAGGUAUGAUCACGCUUUGACCCAAUUUCUUCGUGCAUGGUACAUCAACGUGCUGCAUCUUAACGUAGUAUGUUUAAUAAAAAAAAUAAGGAAAAAUACUGGCAAGAACAUCACGAAAGUAUACCGGAAUUUUUUGUGAUUAGUCCUGGCUUUCUCGCUGCCUUCAAAACUGUUUUUACCGGACGACGAGUUGAAGCAAGUGAGGUAAAGCUCCCGGUGCCGUGUUGUUCUUUAACAUUCACGGGAGGUUUCCCAAAGGUGCAUUCUUCGAACGUCUUCAAUCAUUCUUAUAAGAACGAUGAUAAUAACUGGUCUUUAUUAAGAUGAAAAUACACAUCAAAAGUUAAAAAAAAUUAAAUUAAAUUCACAUUUCAAAUGAUAUAAAUGGGGAUUCCAGUCGACGUCAUGCACAUCGGCUUCACCCCUGUCAUUGAUGUCAUCAUAAUGAUCAUUGCUAUUGUUAUCGUCCUCAUCACUCUCAAUGUUACUUUCAUCGUUUACAUUCGUCUCCACAAUUGAAAAUGUCAUAACAUUUUCAUCGUCCACAUAAUUAUCACUGUCGCUGUCUUUAUCAUUGUGAUCGUCAUCAUCAUUGUCGUUUUCGGUGAAGUCGUUACUUUCACCGUCUUUUUCAUUGCUAUCGUCGACAUUUUCGUUGUCACCGUCGGUUUUGAUUGUCAUCGUCAUCAUCAUUGUCAUUAUCAAUGCCGCGUUAUUGUUAUUGCCAUUGUCUUAGUAAAUGUAGUUAUCUUCGUCAUCAUCAUUCUCAUUUUCAUGCACUUUCAUUGUUAUUGUUGCCAUUCUCAAAAAUUUACCAUCUCUCUUAUUUCUAUCUACAAACAUUACUCUAUCGACAUUGCUGAUCCUAGCAGUAUGUAGGACGCGUGUCAUAUGAACUUUGUAACAGACUUCGCUCUCCGUGGAGUCUCUGUGGCUCAGUGGUAAAGCACUGGAGCGCGAAAUCCGAAGGUCUGAGGUUCGAUUCCGAGCGGGAACUCAGAAUUUUUUCUUCUCGUGACAAGAAGAAAAAAAGAAUCUUUCUUUAUCCUCAUUAUUGUCAUUGACAAUUCUAUUAUCUCGAUUAAUGUUAUGUUCUUUAUCAUCAGUCAUUGCCUUUGUCGCUCUGUUAUUGAUAUCGUCGUUUUCAUUGUCUUUGACAUUGCAUUGCCUAGGGUUCAUGUCAUUGUCAUCCUCGUUGUCUCUGUCACUGUUAUUGCCGUUUUCGUUUCCAUUGUAAUGGUCGUGUGGAAGUCACUCUCUCUGUGUCUGUUAUUAAAGGAGCUGUUGUAUCAUUUUCUGAACGAGGGAAACACACUUCCUCUUUAUUUCCCGCUGACAUAGCUAGCCAUAUAGCUUAAGUUGUUAUCAUUAUUUCAUAUCAUUUUGAGUUAUGUAGAAAUUUGUAUAUAUUUUUUUAAAUCUAGAGAACAAAACCUUGGUGUGGGUGUUGGAGGAAUUUUGGAGGGAAACAUCAGAUUAAGUAAUGAUCAAGGAGUUCUGAAACUGGGAAAACUUAGCCAGAAAUAUAUCGAUGAUCCAGAUCUCCGUAGCCUUUUAGCAAAGACCGCAAUGGAUCCUACCUUGAUGAAGAGUUUCGCCGAAGGGGAUAAACUGCUUCUUAUCACUUCUGUGGUUUACAGUGAGAAGUUUGAAUUAACAAGGCAAAGAAAAGAAGAGGUAAUGGCCACUUUUCUUUAACUCGAUAAACAAAACAAACAAAGCAGUUCAACUGAGGUUUAACCUUUCCUUUAAGGUUCAAGCUUGUUUGAAGGAGUUCCCAAGAUCAAGAAUUUUUCUUAAACUGGUUUUAGCGGGGAUGGUAAACAUUAACGAACUUAGUUUUUUUAAAACCCUUCUUUACUUCGAGUGAACCUUAGGAUUAGAAACGGAACGUUCAUUAAAUAAAUAGGCCGACUUCAUUUAGAACUAGAUGGACUUUCAUGCGAAUAUAACAGUAUUUGAAACUCAUGAAAUGACCUACCUAGAGGUGAUUGGCAUUGGUAUUCUUUAAGAUACUUUUAGAUAUUAUUUCAUAACGCUAAAUUACGCACCCGAACCCAACAACCCUACAUCAAAACUAAAUGUUACAGAGAUUACAUUUUAGCAUAUGAUCACCACUCAGCAAUAACUAGAAACGAAAUGACACAUGUUACGUUGUUGCAAUAUCGAAGACCAAUUCAGAUCACACGUAUAUGAAGAAAAACGAAGAUUCACAGGGCAGGGUUCUGUGUUUACGCGUGGAAAAAGCUUCUGAUCCCCAGUUCUGGUAAUAUUUAGUUGAUUUACCCUGCCUCGCUGCUGUCUGACCGAAUUUCUGAGAAUGAAACAUAGACAUUUGCCUACUUAUCAUAAAACUAUCUUAUUUACUUACCUUGUAUCAGACCGAGGCUGAAGUCAAUGUGGAUGGGGUGCCUGUGGCAAGUCCGUUUGUCAAUUUUUUUAAGACCACGGCAACCAAAAUGCAUGCCCGCUACAGCAGCUCAACUCAGCAUUCAGAGCUGGCAUCUAGGACCGCAUAUGCACCACUCCUCUUCAAGUGUUGCACUGUUGAUUACAUAAAAGAAGAAAAUCGACUGGAAAUCAGGAAAGGGGAAUACGUUGGUAAAGUAGUUACGAGGGACACAGCAGCCGAGGGUCAUGUGAAGCGUGAUGACGAAGAUUAUGACAACACUAUGGUGGAAAUUUUCUCAGACGAGACCGAUGCACCAGGUGAGAUCUUUAGGUACUUCUUUAAGCCACAUAACUUGAAAACGGUAUUUAAACUCUGAAAAUGCAGCAAUAAUUUUUUGUAUACACUGGAGAACAGAUCGAAUGAUAACUGUCCGCGAUCUGCUGCAACAUUCAGCCGAUUUGGACACAGUUUUCAAAAAGUUGCAUUUUCUUCGACCGUCUACUGGAAUAGCGUUAGUGGUAGACUUAAUGUCAGCACAUUAUUUAAAAUUAAAAAGAAUCUGAGAGUUUCAAAUUGAUCAAUAUCUAACUAAGUGCUACUUCUUUUCACUCAACCAUUUCCUGUUUGACUUUCGAGCCUUUACACCACCAGGAUAAAGAGAAUUCGACAGUCAGUAAUUGGAAUUGAGGGACUUUUAUUGUAGACACAUGCUUACAUUAACUAUAGGACUACUUGUCUACAUCUGCCGCAAUUUUACAGACACAUACUCGCUAAAACUUGUCCGAAGUUACGGAGCUGGUGAAUAAUGAUGCAAGUCGCCAUUACACACUAACGGAGAAAUAUAGCUAACAGGAAUCGGUUGGGUAGAACCGUCACCUAAGUUUUCUUAUUUUCAAUCAAUCAGCCCCUCUCACUCCGCAAGAUGUCAAGAAACUGGACUUGAUGCUUCAAAAUGUUCUUCUACCUGUGAAGAACAUAGACAAACGCAAGGAGCAGGUUGGAAAGUAUCUUCGUUGGGUAAGUUAGUCUAAGACAUCGUUCACGUUUGAAUUAAACAACCUCCACAUCAAUAAUAAACAUAACUGUGAAAGAGUAGGUUCUACGGUGUGAAUACUAUCUCAUCGAGAAAUGGCUAUAACAAUAGUGCAAUUUAUCCAUUUCUAGUGUACAACGGUACGACUUUGAGUGAAACUGUUCGGUGCGUGCACCUGGAAGAAUUUAUCCCUCAAUAAUGCUUUUCCUAAAUUGUUGUUUUGUUAUUAUUAUUACUGAAAUAUGCAACAAAGCCUUCGUGAAAUUUCCAAGUAACUGCGUUGUUCACUGUGCUUUCACCGUCAAGUUAUUUCGAGCAAGAAGUGAUUAAGGAUCAUUGGUUCAUAAUCUAUGAUACACGCGUAUUUAGCUGGAAACCUUGUCUGCUUGACCACAGUUAGAUGGUACUCCCAUUUUUUCACCCUAAUUAAUUUGAUAAUUUUUUUUAGGGGGGGGGGUUAAAAUUGUCUUUACUAACUUUCAACUUAUUUGAUAACUUGAUCUACAUAAUACAUCUAAACAAAUGGGCAGCGAAAAAACUCGUGCGAAGUUGAAACAAAGAGUUAGGAAAUUUGACUGCAGCUAUAGUACUCUCUGUUCUGUCAACACCCUUUUGAUAAGAAAAGAAAAGGUAUACAUAUUAAAUAUAUAUAUAAACGAAUGUGGGAGUAGAGUCUACCUUGGCAUAAAGUGCUCAAUGCUGUAGUACCAGAGCUAAGUAGCUCUGUCGAAUCGAUGCGUCCUCUUUAAUUCCUUAACUUAUUGUAUAUAUAUAUAUAUAUACAUAUAUUAAAUAAAUAUGCAUAUGAAAUAUACACAAAUUUAUAUACAAAAAGAGUGUUUUUGAUGAGAGCACAUGUUUCACUUAUUUCAUGUACAUUUUCAAAAUGCAACGUUUUUGAAAACGGACGGACAUAUAUAUAUAUAUAUAUAUAUAUGUCCGUCCGUUUUCAAAAAGCAGACAAGGUUUCAAGCUAAAUACGCGUGUAUCAUAGAUUAUGAACCAAUGAUCCUUAAUCACUUCUUGCUCGAAAAACGACGGUGAAAGCGGUUACUUGAAAUUUAUAUAUAUAUAUAUAUAUAUAUAUAUAUAUAUAUAUUUAUAGUAAGUCUACAAGUCGAUUUUCGCGUGGAACAGUGCUCAAUACGUUGAAGCAGAGCAGAAUAAAUAUUAUGAGAGGAAAAAAGGACGCGACUACAUUUCCCGACAAGCCUGUUUCGUAAAUCGCUUCACUCUUCAGGGGUUUAAACCUUCAGGGGUUUAAUUUUAAUUAAACAUUAAACCCCUGAAGAGUGAAGCGAUUCACGAAACAGGCUUGUCGGGAAAUGUAGUCGCGUCCUUUUUUCCUCUCAUAAUAUUUAUAUAUAUUUAUAACUCCUUCAAUUGAACUUUCGUUCUGAGAGAAAUAGAAAAGUUAAGUGGAGUUUCCCCACUGUACUCUUACAUCCCAAUUAUUAUUAUUUCUUAAAAGUUUGAAGCAGCAAUGGUAUCAGAGCAGGAUGAGGUCCUAAUUCAAGACUCAGUAGCACCGGAUGACUGUGAACUUCUUAAACUUGCGUUUCUUUCCGCCUCAGAGGGAUCAACUCUGCUGGACAUGUCAUCCCUCACAAAACCAGAUAUUCACGGAUACGUUGUUGUCCUCAAACACCUUUUAGGUAAUUGACGGCUUCAUGAUACAGAUGCCAAUAUCAGAAUAUCUGCUUUUUCAAAACAUGGAAUCCACACAACUCGCAGCGGUCAUGCUUUUCAUAUAUUUCUGAAGUGACGUUUAAAAUGUCAUCAUGGUAACUGCGAGAUCUAACAUGUCGUUUUUGCUUUUAUGAAGGUCACUGUUACCCACAAAAACUCGUGUGAAAGGAAAAACACCAUUAUGAAAAUAUCUUACUUUAAUUUAAAAUCAUAAGUUGAUAUAACAUUUCCAUGAUAUGAGUAUACGUUCAAGUGAUUACCACAUUCAGUGCUAUCAAAUUGUGUUUUGAAAUUGUCUUUCACGGUAUAGAUUGUUGCAAAUCGAUCUUUGGAGUGACUGAAAUAAGACGAAUGUAAAAUACUACUCGUGAUAUGCAUGCGCAUCUUUUUUUUAAAAUCUGAAUUAAAAGUGCAGAUCAUGGGCAAUCCACAAAUUUAUCGUGCCACACGCUGUCAUUAGCGAGGAGACUUGCGACGACUUGCGACAACAUUGAAUCUUUUCAUUAAUAAAAUUUCGAUGGCUAUUCUUUCUGAAAGCAUUUGUGUUUCUUUUUCCAACAGAUUUGACUGAUGAAAAGUGGAGAAAAUUGGAGCAGUACAAUGCAGAAUCUGAUUGA